CUCCACUCAAUUGAACGACGCCUUUUUUCUGCCAUCGUUCUGUCAGUCUCGUUAAUUCGUGCCGGCUCAGAAAAUGUUUCAAAAUUCAGUUGGAGUUCUGGUAAGCCAUCUUCACGAUAUCAUGCAGACUGAGAGAGAGACAGAGAGCGCCUAUGAGCUGGUCUUGCCGUGAGGUCGAACGGAGGGUCCUCCGCCUCCUCCACGGCCAGAAAACUCGGACCCAUCUCUCCCAGAUCCACGCCUACUUUCUCCGCCAUGGCCUUGACCAGUCCAACCAAGUCCUCUCUCAUUUUGUCUGUGUCUGUGGAUCUUUGGGCAAAAUGGCCUACGCGAAUCGCAUCUAUCACCAUACCCAAAACCCCAAUAUUCUUCUCUUCAAUUCCAUGAUCAAAGGCUACUCCUCUUGUGGUCCUUUUCAUCAGUCUCUGCAAAUGUUCUCGCUUAUGAGAUCCCGUGGCAUUCGGCCCGAUGAGUAUACUUUUGUGCCGUUGCUCAAGUCGUGCUCCAAUAUUUGUGAGUACAGGAUGGGUCAGUGUGUUCAUGCUCAAGUUUUCAAAGCUGGGUUUGAAUGGUCUGGACCGAUACAGAAUGGGAUUGUUGAGUUUUAUGUUACCUGUGUGACGCUGAAGGAUGCAAAGAAAAUGUUCGAUGAAAUGUAUCAUAGAGAUGUGAUUGCUUGGAAUUUGAUGAUUCGUGGGUUUUGCAAGAUGGGUGAUGUUGAUAUGGGUUUGUAUCUGUUUAGGCAGAUGAUUGAGAGGAGCAUUGUUUCUUGGAAUUCGAUGAUCUCUUGCUUGGAAAAGAGUGGGCGGGAUGGUGAAGCUUUAGAACUCUUUGGUGAAAUGCGAGAUCAGGGUCUUGAAUUAGACGAGGCAACUGUAGUUACGAUGUUGCCAGUUUGUGCUCGUUUAGGGGCACUGGAUAUUGGGGAAUGGAUACACACUUAUUCAGAUUCUAAAGGACUUGUUAAAGAAUUUAUUUCUAUAAGGAAUUCACUCAUAGAUUUCUACAGUAAAUGUGGAAAUUUGGACCUUGCUUUCAAUAUUUUCCACCAAAUGCAAUGCAAAAAUAUUGUUACAUGGAAUGCUAUGAUUUCAGGCCUGGCUUUUAAUGGGAAGGGUCAACUUGGGGUGGACCUGUUUGAGGAGAUGAUGAAGACGGGCAUGAAUCCUAACGAUGCCACUUUUGUAGGGGUUUUAGCAUGCUGUGCUCAUGCUGGUUUAGUGGAAAAAGGACUAGAUUUGUUUGCUUCAAUCACUUUAAAUCAUCAAAUUGAGCCGAAACUUGAGCAUUAUGGAUGUAUGGUUGAUAUUUUAGGCCGAAGUGGAUCUCUGAAGGAGGCUCAUGACUUGAUAAGAAGCAUGCCUAUGAAGCCAAAUGCAACUUUAUGGGGUUCAUUACUAAGUUCUUGCCGUACUUAUGGUGAUUUUGAGCUUGCAGAACUUGCAGUUAAAGAGCUUAUCAAUCUCGAACCAUGGAAUUCUGGUAACUAUGUGUUGUUGUCAAACAUUUAUGCCGAGGAAGGGAGUUGGGAUAAAGUUGAGGAGGUGAGAGUUUUAAUGAGAGAAAAGUAUGUCAAAAAAGCACCAGGGCAGAGCGUUGUUGGCAUCAACUAAUCACAAAAUGUUUGAAGUCCUUGUUGUUGCUAAUAUUCCAAAUUUGUUAGGGACCCCUUGUUUUGAGACUUGCUUAUGUCAAAAAAGCACCAGGGCAGAGCGUUGUUGGCAUCAACUAAUCACAAAAUGUUUGAAGUCCUUGUUGUUGCUAAUAUUCCAGAUUUGUUAGGGACCCCUUGUUUUGAGACUUCCAACAAUGCACAAAGAAUAUACAACUUGAUGUUUAGUAAUUUAGUGUUCAAUUGGUAAAUGAGUGUGUUUUCGGUUGUUACUUUGGGGUGGCUUGGGUGACAUAAACACAAAAUUGAAAGCUUUUGCAAAUUGUUUUUCUAUCUAGUGUUUAUAUAUUUUCUUUUCUAAGUUUAUAACUAGAUGAGAAUGUUAAACUGCUAUUUGAAUAAAUUGUCAAUCAUAUACGACUAGUGUAAAAGCUUUGAGAAAAAAUAUGUAGGAGCUCCCAUGAUGGGGAACAAUGUAGACAAUCUUUCCUCUUUUACUCUCCAGCCAACUUAUUAUUA